AUGUCGAAGCCUCUCCCUGGUGCACUUGCAGAUACAAAGAUUCGUACGCGAAAGCGCAACAUAGUGGUCCAAAAGGAUCCAGAGUCUUUUCUUGAGGCCUUGGAGCACCUGUUUGUGGGCGACAGUCUAGAGGAGGUCUUUAAGAAUUUGGAUUCAGCCACGGACAUAGAUUAUAAGACCUACCACGAGUUCUUCUUUGACAGAUUUAUUUCCGGGUCUAUUGGAGUUUGCUUUGGUCGCGUUGACAAGAGGAAGACCCCUCGAUCCCCGUCAAUAUUUGCUGAUAGUCUCAGCAAGGUGGAUGCGUGGAUCUCUAUACUAGAGCGGUUUAUGAGGAAGCGGCCUUACAUGCGUAUAGGGAUAGGCGAGGUGAUCGGGAGGGCCAUGCUCACGAUUGAUAACAUCCCUCAAUAUCUUGACCAUGUUAUGUCCAUAUGCUCUCAUCUGGCCAAUCUGGACAUACUUAAAUAUGAAAAGACCACCGAGUUCUUCCUCCUCAAGUUACUAAGAAUCAACCACCUCGUUGUCUCUGGAGAGGCUCUCAGCAUCCUGUCAAAGUUUACAAACUUAUAUGCUACCUUGUCCAGUCAGCAGAAGGCGUGGGAGUACCUCAUUGCAGGCGAAGUCGUUGAUAAGCUCUUUGACUUCUGCCCGGAGCACUGCAGCGAUGUCUUGAAGCUUCUAGAAGACUCGUAUGGUAUGCAAUGGUUUGUCGAGCUUUAUCGCACCAAUCAGACGAAGAACAAUAUAACGACGUGGGAGCAGAAGAUCAUUCAGUUUAUGCAGAAAGACCCAGAGGGGGAAGAAGAGACCCUCGAGGCUCUUCGCGAGGACGCGCUCAGACAGGUGAAGCAGUGCAAGGAGGAGUGCGGCAUGUCUGCCGAAGAGUCAGUCAUGUUCAUGUGGCGCUGUAUUGUUUCUCUUUCUAAGACAAUGUCAAAGGACAUUGUUGGGGCAUUGAAAAAGUGGGGGCCGUGCUUGUAUACUUUAGUAGGAGAUGACUUAGUCAUGCAAGGCAAGCUCCUAUCCACUGUCCAGACCACAUGUUAUAACAAUCCCAACAUCAUUAACAGCUUUAAGCCUAUUGUCGUGCAGCUUUAUGAUCUAGAAAUCUUGGAGGCCGACGUUAUCAUCGCAUGGGCCAACGGGAAUAGUGGCCCUGGCAGGUCUCUGUUUGGAGAACAGCUAGCUGAGUUCGUCACCUGGCUUGAGGCCGACGAUGGAGAGGACUAG